AUGGAUUCUUUAGUAAAUGUACAAUUAGAUAUUCAAAAUAGAAUGUCUAGGGCGAGGCAAAAUUACAAAAAGUCUCCUAAGGACAGAGUAACUGAACAAUAUGUUGAAAUUAGAUUGGAAUCAUUAGAACAAUUAUGGUCUCAAUUUAAUGAGACUCACCGUGACAUUGUGAAGUUAUGGCAGGGUGAAGAAUGUUCAUAUUUUGCGGAUGACAUAAUUGAAGCUGUAGAGGAAUUAUAUAUAGAUUACAAAACCGAACUGAAAUAUUCACUCGCCUCCUUGCAGAGUACAAAUCGAGUGGUAUCAAAUAAUUGUACUCAUAGUCCGGCAUCAACAAGUAACAUUCAGAUGCCGCGUAUUGUAAUUCCAUAUUUUUCAGGCCUAUAUACGGAAUGGGUUACAUUUAGAGAUUUGUAUAUUUCCCUUGUGCAUACAAACGAUCAACUUGACAAUGUACAAAAAAUGCAUUAUUUGAAAGCUUAUCUAACUGGUGAAGCGGAACAGCUUCUCAGACAUAUACCAAUUGCAGAUGUAAAUUAUGAACGAUGUUGGAUGUUACUUAAUAAUAGAUACAAUAAUAAAAAAUAUUUGUCACAUACUAUAUUAAAACGAUUAUUAAGUCAAAAGAAUAUUGCUUAUGAAUCAUCCAGUGGUUUAAAAAAUCUAAUGGAUACUACAAACGAUUGCUUAAUUUCAUUAACUACUCUUGGUAUAGAUGUCAGUACUUGGGAUGCUAUUGUUAUCCAUAUACUUACUUUAAAGCUUGAUACAGAGUCUAGGAAACAAUGGGAAAUUAAUAUAACUAAUAUUAAUUCUUCGGAGGAGUUACCUACCUUCAGUCAGUUUAAUGAAUUUAUCACCAAACGUUAUCGAGCUCUCGAGUUCCUGGAUUCUAAAUCAACAACUGUAACAGAUAAUAAACUUAAAACUAUGCAUGUGUUACAUAACAAUCAGUGUACUUUCUGUUCUGGAAAUCAUAAAAUAUCUUUAUGUAAAAACUUUGCAAAUCAAAAUGUAAACUCUCGUCGCAACUUUGUCCAAAACAAUAACAUAUGUUUUAACUGUCUGGGGAAUAAUCAUUCUGCUGUAUCCUGUAAAAGUAUUAAUAGAUGUCGUAUAUGUAAAAAGCAACACCACUCAUUACUGCACCCUAAUAAUGUAGACACUUCCGAUUCUAGUGGUAAAACGAAUUCUACUACCAAUGAUGCAGAGAGUAACUCAAAAAGAUUAUCAGCGUUCUUUUCAUCAGGUUCUGUAAAAUGUAAUCACGUAUUGCUACCUACUGCGUUAGUCAAAGCUGUAUCAGAGACCGGAAAGCAAUUUGUUAUCAGAGCAUUGUUAGAUCAGGGGUCGCAAACUUCUUUCAUAUCUGAGGCGACCGUUCAAUAUUUAGGUCUCAAGAAAACAUCAAUAAAGGAAUAUGUGUCAGUUUUAGGUGGAGAUAUGAAUAUAUCAUCUGAAGCUAUAGUUACUAUUAAUCUUCGUUCAAUGGUCGAUCCGAGCUACAAGAUGUCAGUGAAGGCUUAUGUGUUGAAAUCAAUCACUAGUUUUCUUCCAGAUAAGAAACUAGAUUCACUGGAAUGGCUUGAAUCACUAAACAUUCAAUUAGCAGAUCCGAAUUAUCACACUCCUAAUAAAAUUGACAUCUUAUUAGGAGCUGAGGUUUAUAGCAAAAUAAUUCUAAAAGAUGUAAUAAAGGCACCACAUGAAACAUCGGUAGUUCAAUGCACAUCAUUGGGUUGGAUUAUCACUGUUCGAAAUUUGAAUUCAAACAGAAGUGUAGUUCAAAGGCGAAGUUACAAAGUUUAUGUGUAUGAUCCAAACAAGUUUAUGGGUGGGAACACAGAUGAUUAUUCAGUUGUUUUCCGGGCGGAUGACUCGCGGCCGUGUACGGCCGUAUGCAGAAAUUCUACGCCCAGUAACCAAAUAUUUACACUAGCUCACAUUCAGAAUUCACAGUUACACGGUACACUAUUACCACAAUAG